UUUGAGUGCUAAUGAAUUCUACACAUAAUAAGUCAACCAAAUUAUGUGGUGUUUGUGGUGACAAAGCAAAUGCCAGGAAUUUUGGGGCAUUCACAUGCGAGCCAUGCAAACAUUUUUUCAGGAGAUAUGGCCUUAAACCUGAGACGUAAGAAACAGGAGUGCAAUGAAUGUCCAGAUUCUGUGGACUCGACAACCAGUCUAUCAAAUCAAUCAUCAGAUGAAUCGCUAUGGAUAAUUAAAGGUUCAGAGUUAGCCAUUAAGGAAAUUGCUAAAUAUGUGAAGCAAUUGAAUGGAUUCAAAAAUAUCUGUCUCGAAGACCAGGAAUCACUUCUUAAGAUAAUAAAGUUUAUGAAAUGA